AUGAGGAACAUUUUCAAGAGGAACCAGGAGCCUGUUGUGGCUCCUGCCACCACCACCACCACGAUGCCCAUUGGACCCAUGGACAACUCCACCGAGAGUGGGGGUCCUGGGGAGAGCCAGGAGGACAUGUUUGCCAAAUUGAAGGAAAAAUUCUUCAAUGAGAUCAACAAGAUACCCUUACCACCCUGGGCACUGAUCGCCAUUGCUGUGGUUGCUGGGCUCCUGCUUCUCACCUGCUGCUUCUGCAUCUGCAAGAAGUGCUGCUGCAAGAAGAAGAAGAACAAGAAGGAAAAGGGCAAAGGCAUGAAGAAUGCCAUGAACAUGAAGGACAUGAAAGGGGGUCAGGAUGACGACGAUGCAGAGACAGGCCUGACUGAGGGGGAAGGUGAAGGGGAGGAGGAGAAAGAGCCAGAGAACCUGGGCAAACUGCAGUUUUCCCUGGACUAUGAUUUUCAGGCUAAUCAGCUUACUGUGGGCGUUCUGCAGGCUGCUGAACUGCCUGCCCUGGACAUGGGAGGCACCUCAGACCCUUAUGUCAAGGUCUUCCUCCUUCCUGAUAAGAAGAAGAAAUAUGAGACCAAAGUCCAUCGGAAGACACUGAACCCUGCCUUCAAUGAAACCUUCACCUUCAAGGUGCCAUACCAGGAGCUCGGGGGCAAAACUCUGGUGAUGGCCAUCUAUGACUUUGACCGUUUCUCCAAGCAUGACAUCAUUGGAGAGGUAAAGGUGCCUAUGAACACAGUGGACCUCGGCCAGCCCAUUGAGGAGUGGAGAGACCUGCAAGGCGGGGAAAAGGAGGAGCCAGAGAAGCUGGGCGACAUCUGCACCUCCCUGCGCUAUGUGCCUACGGCUGGGAAGCUCACUGUCUGCAUCCUGGAGGCCAAGAACCUCAAGAAGAUGGACGUGGGCGGCCUUUCAGACCCCUAUGUGAAGAUCCACCUGAUGCAGAAUGGCAAGCGGCUCAAGAAGAAGAAGACAACCGUGAAGAAGAAGACCCUGAACCCAUACUUCAAUGAGUCCUUCAGCUUUGAGAUCCCCUUCGAGCAGAUUCAGAAAGUCCAGGUAGUGGUCACCGUGCUGGACUACGACAAGUUGGGCAAGAACGAAGCCAUAGGCAAAAUCUUCGUGGGCAGCAAUGCCACAGGCACAGAGCUGCGGCACUGGUCUGACAUGUUGGCCAACCCCCGGAGGCCCAUUGCCCAGUGGCACUCGCUCAAGCCUGAGGAGGAGGUGGAUGCACUCCUGGGAAAGAACAAGUAG